UGUGUCUGUAGGUGUGGCAUACAGUGUAAGGGAACACCAUCCUCACACAGUUUACAAGUUAAACUUCCUUAGCUCCAGCAAGGACAGCAGCAGGAAACCCACACGGAAAAGCAGGCUGAGCAGAAACUGCGUGAGGCACAUUGGCAUCUGGAAGGAUGGCCACCAACAUCUCUAAAGAUCAGAGCUGGAUCCCCAAAUUAUUUAAAAAGAAAACAUGUACCACAUAUAUAGAGGACAACAGCUUGAAGCGAGAGGGUCAGUUUUGUCAGUGUGGACUGUCCCAGCAAAGUCAUGUGUCUGUGGCCAUGGAGGACAAUUUUGGAGCUGCCAUUGUGAGCACCUGGAACUCAGCAGAACACACGACCGAAGAGCCCACAGAUGCCUAUGGAGAUAUAGAGUUUGUUGGAGCUGGGAAGAAGCAUAGCAAGUUUAUUCGCUUAUCAAAUGAGACCGACCCCUCUAUUGUAUACAACCUCAUUACUCAUAAUUGGCGGAUACCACCCCCAAACUUGGUGGUGUCUGUAGUGGGAGGAGAUGGAGACUUUAAAAUGAAAACAUGGCUGAAGGACAUCCUGAGGAAGGGAUUGGUCAAGGCAGCACAAAGCACAGGUGCCUGGAUCAUGACUGGUGGAUUGCAGGUUGGCAUUGGAAAAUAUGUUGGUGAAGCUGUCAGAGACCACGCCACUGCAAGCUCCAAUUCUAGGACUAAAGUGGUGGCAAUGGGCAUUGCACCCUGGGGAAUUGUAAAUAACCGUACCAGCCUUGUGAACCCUAAGGGAUCUUCUCCUGCAAAAUACUAUAUGAAAAAUGUGGAUGGACCAACAUAUUCUUUGGACAACAAUUAUUCAGUCUUCCUUUUAGCAGACGAUGGAACCAAUGAAAAGAUGGGAGGAGAAACCAGCUUUAGAUUCAGGCUUGAGGAGCACAUAUCUCGACAGAAAACUGGAGUUGGCGGCAAAGGAAGCAUUGAAAUCCCAGUUCUGUGCAUGCUUAUUGCUGGAGAGUCUAAAAUGUUGGAGAGAGUUUACAAAGCCACAAUGAGCCCCAUCCCAUGUCUUCUGUUGGCCGGUUCUGGUGGAGUUGCCGAUUGCCUGGCUGAAAUUAUAGAAGAGUCACUUACCAUGGAAUCUAUCCGUAGCCUGAUAGAAGAAAAGUUGAAGCAACACUUCCCGGAAGAGAACUUGACAAAAAUGAUAGGAAAGAUUGAGAAAAUUGUUGAAAAUCGAGAUCUGGUCACAGUAUAUUCCGAUGCUGAUGGGACAGAGGAUUUUGAGACUGUGAUUUUGAAAGCUCUAGUAAAAGCUUGCAAGAAGCAAUCAAGUGAUGCCACAGAAUACUUGGAUGAGCUGAAGUUAGCUGUAGCCUGGAACAGGGAAGACAUUGCCAAGACUGAAUUGUUUCACGGCGAAAUUCACUGGAGGGCUUGUGAUCUUGAAGACACAAUGACGGACGCAUUAGUGAAUGACAAGCCCAGCUUUGUAAAGCUAUUUGUGGACAAUGGGAUGAACAUUGUAGAUUACCUCACAUAUGGACAACUGGAGGAGCUUUACAGCUCUGUACUGGAUAAUACGAUCCUUUUCCAUUUACUUCAGCGCAAACAUGAAGAGCACAGAGAGAGUAACAAAGGACAGUAUCACCAGGACUACUUACCGGUUGACAUGGAAGGCAAAGGACAUGACUUCAAGCUCUACGAAGUUGCCAAAAUUCUGCGAGAGCUAAUGGGUGAUGUCUGUUCCCCAUUCUAUACACAUGUGCUUGGAAAUACCAAGAACUCUGUCAACAGGAGAAACCCCACUACAAUAAGUAAUCCAAACUCAAAUCAAAGAUAUGACACUAAAAAGUCAACAUCCCCCUGGAUCGAUCUCUUCAUUUGGGCAAUUCUACAGAAUCGAAAUGAAAUGGCAACUUACUUCUGGGAAAUGGGAUCAGAAGCCGUGACCUCAGCACUUGCUGCUUCCAAAUUGCUGAAGGAGCUCUCUCGCCUGGAAUCAGAAGCUGAGGAAGCAUUAGCUAUGAGAGAGCUAGCUGCAAAGUUUGAACAACUGGCAAUAGGUGUGUUUAAUGAGUGCUAUAGAAAUAGCGAGAACCGGGCAUUUAAGCUGCUGGUACGGCGCUCGACUGUCUGGGGUGGUGCCACUUGCCUGCAGUUGGCUUAUGAAGCUGAUGCUCGUAAUUUCUUUGCACAGGAUGGUGUUCAGUCCAUGUUAACAGAUAACUGGUGGGGACAAAUGGCACAAAACACACCAGUAUGGGCAAUGGUGCUGACCUUCUUCUGCCCUCUGCUCAUUUAUACUAACCUCAUUGAAUUCAAAAAUUUUGAUCAUGAAAAUGGAAUUGAAAGCAGCAAUAGAGUUGAGAUGGACAGCUUAGAUAUUGACAUAAAAACUACCGUGGCGGAAAUAAUGGAAGGGGAGGAAAUUAUGAAGGAAAAAAGUGAACUUGUGCAGCUGAAGCCAGGCAAGGCAUCUGAUUCAAACGCAGCUUUCCCUGAAGCAGAAGUCACUAAGGUGAAGCAACGACCACUAUGGAUGCGUCGCUGGAAACAGUUCUGGAGUGCACCUGUGACUGCAUUCUUUGGCAAUGUUGUCAUGUACUUUACCUUCCUCUUCCUGUUCUCUUAUGUGCUUCUCCUGGACUUUAAAAGUCCUCCACCCGAUGGUCCAGCGACUUCAGAGAUUAUUCUGUAUUUUUGGGUUUUCACUAUGGUUUGUGAAGAAAUACGGCAAGGUUUCUUUGUGGGAUCCAUGCCUGUAAUGCAGAAGGUCAAGCAGUACUUACAAGACUCUUGGAACCAUGUUGACAUCACGGCAUUGCUGCUUUUUAUCAUUGGAGUCAUCUGCAGAAUGAUGGUCAACUCUUAUGAGUCGGGACGGACCAUCCUGUGUUUUGACUUCAUGGUUUUUACCCUUCGACUUAUUCACAUUUUUGCAGUCAACAAACAGCUGGGGCCAAAAAUCAUAAUUGUCAGAAAGAUGAUGAAAGACGUCUUCUUCUUUCUGUUUUUUCUUGGCGUCUGGCUGAUUGCAUAUGGCGUUGCCACAGAAGGUCUCCUACAUCCCAACGAUACACGGCUGGGGUGGAUAUUCCGACGUGUGUUCUACAGACCUUACCUGCAAAUCUUUGGUCAGAUUGAGCUAGAUAAGAUGGAUGCUGGAAAGCUGACUAAUGAAACGUGUUCAGAUGAUCCUGAUGUCAUCUUGAGCGGACUGGCUCCCCCAUGUGUCAACACAUUUGCCAACUGGCUGGUUAUUUUCCUACUUGUUGUCUUCUUGCUGGUGGCAAAUAUCCUCCUGCUGAAUCUGCUGAUCGCCAUGUUCAGCUACACGUUCUCCAAAGUGCAAGGUAACAGUGAUAUAUAUUGGAAAUUCCAGCGAUACAACCUGAUAGUUGAAUAUCACAAUCGUCCAGCACUUGCCCCACCAUUCAUCAUUAUCAGCCACGUUCACACGUUUAUCAAACGCAAGAUCCGCAAGGUCGAGUCUCAGAAGAUAAGACAUUUCAUGUUGCAGCUGAAGGAGCCUCUAGACAGCAGGAUGCUCACAUGGGAAGCUGUACAAAAGGAGAAUUACUUGGUGAAUAUAGCCAAGCACAAGAGGGACAGUGACUCAGAACGUCUGAGACGCACAUCCCAAAAGGUUGAUACAGCAUUGAAGCAGCUCAAUGAGAUCAAGGAACAUGACCGAAGAUUGAAAGCACUGGAAAUGGAGGUGGAUUACUGUAGUAAGGCACUUUCCUGGAUAGUGGAGGCCCUGCAAGAUAGUGGCACAGUGAAAACUGACAAACCACCUCCUGUGCAUAAGUAAGGUGGAAGAGCGCUUUAUUCUAUGGAAGACUCCAUAUUGUUUACUGAGCGUACAAUGGACAACACCACUAUCUGCUUUGGGUCCUACACUUUACAAUGAGUUCUGCACAGCCACAAAGAAAUGAACUUUCUAAAAGUCCUGUUAUUUAUCUGUGAUCAUGGCCAUACUCUUUGACCUCAUUUCCCUCAUUCUAGGCUCACAAGCUAUGUACGCCUAACACGCCGAGUUAACACUUUGAGUACAAAGUGUAAAUAUGAUGAAGAAAUCUGUAAUGAGUGCGGUCUGAUUUGAUUUUGAUAAGUUCAUCCAUUGCUUUUAUAGGCUGGAU